UCGUGAAAGCCAAGGCCCAUUUCACAAACCCUACCAUAUCUCUUCUCUAUUUCAUUCUACUAGCGGCAGCCACAUAAAGCCAAGGCUCAUCUCUCGUUUUUUUGUUGGAGUUCAUCUAUCACCUAGACGUUUGCGGAAGUCUGGUGGGGCUCGAUCGGCACAGGCGGGGCAAGCUCGAUUGGCGCAGCUGCAGAGGGACAAGACUCAGGGACGACUGCGGAUGGCUACAACGCGUCCGAGCCAGCAACUGUACUAUCCUCCAGCCGCUCGAGAUGACUUUUGCACCGACAAUCGAUGUGGCGAUAGGCUUAGUCAAGGGCUCCGAGCUUCAUGGAAACAGGCUUUGCAGCGAAGACUUUGAUUGGGGCAAGUGCAACCAACUUAUCUUAUUGAUUGAUAAAGUACCAUGGUUGAUUGAUGGAGAAGGUGUGCAGACAGAACUGAGUUUACCAAAUGUAGAAAAAACAAUUGGCUCAGUUUCAGAGCUUACAGAUGAUGAAGCUAAAGAUCUCUUGCAAGAUGCUAUUCAGGAAACAUUUGUUGUUUUUGGGGAUAUCAUCAAGCGAUUGAUAUUCUUCUGGCUGAGAUUGUUAUAUGAACUUUUUUCUUUCAAACAUUGCAAGGGGAGGAGAGUUAAGCUAGCUCUUUGUGAAGGUACACAUGCCCAUAGCAGGUCCACACUAGAGGUUCCAGUCUUUUAUUUCAUUCAUGGUGAACCUUUGUUUGUUGACAAACAUUAUCAGGCUAAGCACUUGGGAAAAGCAUCUCCAAUUAUGCAUUGCUUUUUUUUUUUACCGCCCCCAUACAUAGGAGGCCAAUAAAAGCUGCACUGGCUGCUGCUUCUGAACAAUUGGCUGGUCUUAUACCUCUACAUCUUGUUUACAGUCAAGCCCAUGAAACUGCAAUGGAGAUUCUAUAGUCAAGUAAAUGCAACUAUAGCCAUUCUCCACCCAAUUCACUGUACAAGAGAGAGAAAAGUGGAUGUGGUGUUUUAUAUGACUACAAUUCCUGCUUUUCUAGUUGUGUUGGGAGUUCUAAAUAUUGUGUUAAAGGUCAAGACGAUCGAAGCCAAAAGUCAAUUGAUUUUUGCAGUGAUUUGGAGAAGAGAAUUAUGUUGUCUUGUUGAUUGUUGAGAAUUGUUGUAUUAUAUAUUUUGAAGUUUAUGGAUUUAUAAUAUUAUAAUGAAUUUUUAUAGAGAAUUAUUUAGUCU